AUGCACCUCUUCACCAAGCCCUCGUCCACCUCCUCCUCCUCUUCCUCAGUCACCUGCGAUGCCCAGAUACAAUCUAAACGGCACACUCUCCGCACCCUCUCCUUUGCCCUGAUGGGCACCGCAUCCCUCGGCUUGCUUUUAGGCCUUUCCAUCCUUGGUCUCGCAGCCAACACCCUCCGCAUAUACGACGAUACAAACCUCGGGCCGCAAUAUUUCCUCCCACUGUGGCCUCGUGAUACCGAUUUGAAGCCAACAAUUGGGUAUAUCGUGGCAGGAAGCCUGGCAGUCGUCGGAAAUGUGUUUGUCGUAGGGUUUGGGAGGGCUAACUUCCGCCCCAGCACAUCGAGAACUGCCAUUUCUCUCCUUCCCCCUCUUCUCGCCCUAUCCGGGAUUCUGACCGCCCUGGGUCUGCACUACGCUUCGCUCCCUUCUGUUAACAGACCAGACACGAUUGUUUCAUGGGCCUGCAGAUGGAACGACGUUCCCAUGAAAGUUCAGCCUAAGUGGGGGGAGAUUUGCCGCCAGGGACGGUCUGCUUCAUAUGUUGCAUUGGUGACGCUGCCCGUGGAGGUUGUCGUGCUCGGGCUGGUGUGGAUUGUUGAGAAGGUGAGGAGCGAUGUUUGGGAAGUUGAGAACAGGGAGAAGGGCGAGCAAUGA